UCAAAACAAUUGUCAUUGGCGGAAGUCCCCAAAUAGAUUGUGUUAGCAGUGUUCCAAACAUAAUCGCAGGGAUUUGACAUAUCCCGAGGAUCCGUUAGCUGCUUUCGCUGGGCUCGAAACCACAUUUUCCAGGCAAUUUGUUGGAUGCUUUGUGUCGGGGCUCCCAAGCCCCUUUUUCAAUCUCACCUUGCUUUGGCAGUCGCCUGCGUCAUCGCAGCCAGUACUCUGGGAGCCGCGCAGGGUAACCUCUAUCAACCCGUGCCUGCUAGCUGCAGCUGGGCUGGCUGGCGAGUGCUCAAAACGGUCUCGAGCUACAUGCACAGAGACCAGUUAGGUCAACUCAUAGUCGACAACUGGUCUCAUUAUGCAAAGAACUACCUGGAUAAUAUGGAAAAUUGCAGUGCCCACAGGUUGGAAACGACGUCCAAAGAAACUGGUCCAGAAUACUUUCAACAAUGGCACCAGCAGUCUAUUCACAUAGCUAUAGGCGUGCAAAAAUACACCCUGCUUGUUUCCAAUACCAACUCUAAAUUAACAAUGACAUACAGCCGCUUCCUUGACGCGUGUUUCAUCUCUUGCCGGACGUCACAAGCAAUCAUUUAUGGUAGCCAUGUUUUUUAGUGGUCAGCGUUUCUUUUCUGGGAAAUCCCACCGUGAGUAUAUGGUUGGCCGGGCUUGUAUGUCCUCAAUUCGCAAUGAGAGAAGAGCGUUGGUUGGU